CACGGCUAAACCUUUUUCACGAUACGAGCAACUAAUUCGCUCUGUUUAAGCUUAAAAUACUGGAAUUAAACCCUCAAAUAAAGCGACAGGAGGCACAAGUUAGUCUGGUGAAGUUUUAGCAAGACGUCGGUGCAGUUUGACCCGUUUUGGUGAUGAUUUUGCCCUAAAACGUGGAGGAAAAGUUGGAUCUUGUGCCUUCGGAUCACGUUGAACGAGCUCCUUCAGCAGUGCACCAUGUGGCCUUCGUUGUUGAGGUAGAGUCGCCGUGGUAACAGCUACAGAAUGUUGAGGCGUCUGGACAGGAUUCGAUUCCGGGGGACGAGGAGAGAGGAGUUUGUGGAUUUGACUGAUUCUCCGAACACUUCUGACAAUGAGGGUACAGAGGAUGUCCCCAUAAAAGCACAAUGCGCCACCAGAGAGACAGAGGAGGUACGGGAUGGAGACGCAGAGGUGGACCUGCUCACUGAAGCUCAGGCUGGUCCUGGGUUCGCCGCAGCUCUUCAUGAUGACAGAACAGACCUGACAGAGGUGAAAGGGCUUCUGGAGAUCGCUCUAUUAGAAAAGCACUUCCUCCAGGAGGAGCUGAGGAAACUCAAAGAGGAGACGAACAUUGACGUUUUGAAACAGGAUUUGGAGCGAGAACGACUCAAACGCAUCGAAAUGGAACAAAAAGUCAAUGAGGCACUCAAGAACAAAGGGCCAGAGGACUCUCCAUCUCAUUCUCAGAGAGUUCCUCCUCCUAUCACACCUGUGCCUGAGGUCCCAGAAAAACACAGAGAGUCACUCUAUGACCGUUUCAUGAAAUGGGUUUACGACCGAUUUGGAGUUUAUAUUGAGGACUUCAGGUUUCAGCCUGAAGAGGAGACAGUGGAGCCAGAGGAGCCACUCAGCGCCAAGAGGCUCACAGAAAAUAUGAGACGACUCAAGCGAGGAUUCAGGCCUGUGUCCAACUUCAAGAGAAAUGUCACAGCUCUCUCCAGCUGGUACUCUGUCUAUACUUCAGCAAUAGCUUUUCUGAUUUACAUGUACGCAGCGUGGUAUGGCUGGACCAUACCCAUGUUCCUGUUCCUGGCAAUAGUACGCCUCUCUUUAAAUUACCUCAUUGCCAGAGGUUGGAGGAUCCAGUGGACAAUUGUUCCUGAAAUCUCUGAACCAGUGGAGCCGCCUAAAGAGGAUCUUACUGUUUCGGAGAAGUUCCAGUUGGUCCUGGAUGUUGCUCAGAGGGCUCAGAAUAUAUUUGGGAAAAUGGCUAACAUCCUGGAGAAAAUUAAGAAUCUGUUCAUGUGGGUCAGACCUGAGCUAACGCAGAAGUUGUAUGUGGGUCUGUGGGUGGCCUUCCUCGCCACCUGUUUCCUCCCAUUCCAGCUCCUGGGCUUCAUCAUUGGUAUGUACGCGGGGAUAAAGUUCUUUGUGAUUGACUUCUUCUUGAAGCGCAGCCUCAAACUCAGACUCAGGUUUGACACUCCAUACAUGAUCUGGACCAACCUGCCCACAGACCUGCAGCUGAAAGAGCGGAGCAGCAGCACCAUCAGCAGGCGGGUCGCACACACCUCUGGUCGGGGCAAUAACGGCGCAGCUGCCCCUGUGGGUCUGAACAGAGACGAGGAGACCGGAAGAACCUACAGCACCAAGAGAGGCCCUUUCCACGAAGUAUUCCACCUGCCUGAGUCAGAGCGCCCCCUGGCAGUGUGUGAGACUGGCUGGCGCUGCUGCCUCAUCAACAGAGACAAGAAAACGCCCACAGACUACAUCCGCAAUGGAGUCCUCUUCAUCACAGAGAAUUACCUGUGUUUUGAGGUCUCCACUUCUCGAUCGGGACCCUCCAAACGGAACAAAGUGAUCAGGUUGAAUGACAUCACAGAGGUCCUGAAGGUAGAUGGAUACAAAGUGUUGUCAGUUCUUCCUGGUUCAGGGAUGGGCAUCUCAAUAGCUACACCAACCACACAGAAGAUCUGUACCUCACUGUCCUCAAAGGAGUGGCCCAAAUUGGCUGUUUUAAGAACACAAGGAUUUUAAAAGAAUAAUUCCGCUGGUUUUCGGAGGAAUGAUGCAGAGAGAUGAGGCCUUCGACGCCAUCUUGUUUCAGCGAGCGAAGGUUACCAUGACGACGGACCCAGAUGAGGAGGCUAAUUGAGUUUUUAGUAUUUGUUUAUGUAUUAUGGAGUGGUUGAGGGAACAAACAGUCCAGCUUUGAACAAUCAUGAUGAGAAGACAUUAUCCAAAACAGCUACAACUGCCUUAAAACGUGACUGGAAGUUGGCAAACAUUUACAAAACUGUGCAAAAGUAUUUGUUUUUAAAAGUUACCAUGGUUUUUAAUUCUUUUUGGACACUUCAGUAUUGGUACAGAACAUUUUGAAGUUCAAAUUCAUUUAUGAAAUUGAAGGUUAAAUUGAAGAAAAUGAGUCCUGAUGAUAGUACAUAGAAAUUGGUUCAAAUAGUUGUUGCGCCCUCUUCUGGCAACAUUGAGGCGUGUGAAGCAGUUCAAAUGAGAUUACAGGGCCCACACGAAACUAUUCUGAUCUCUGUUCUAAUGUUGUUUCCUCAUCACAAACAGACCUGGAGUUGUGUUUUGUUUCAUUUUCAGGUUUUAACACACAAUAUUUAGGCUGAGAAAACGCUGUCCCACCUUGUGGUAAUACAGGAAGUGCUCCACUGUGUUUUUAAACUCCAUAUGCCUUCACUAAAAUCAUUCUGAUCAUUUCAACACUACUGAACAAAAGGUAAAAAGGAGCUGUUCACUUAAACUACUACUACAUGACAUCACAAGGUGGAACAGAGCUUUUUCAGCUUUGGAGAUGAAGACAAACUAAUAAUAAAGGGUUACUCAAACCUGUGUGAAUGAAACAAAACACAACUCCAGGUCUGUUUUAGAAGAGGUAACCGCGUUCAGAACAUGGAUCAAAGCUCACAAGAGUCACUGUUGUGUAAUAUUGGACCUUUUUAAAACAGUAGCUGCUAGUGUCAGAGUGAAAAAUAGAAAGUUAAUUUGAAGUACUCAUUGAGGCAAGGUAACCUCACUCAAUCUUUUGCACAGUACUGUACGUUUCAUAGUAGAAGGGCAGUGGCAUCAGAAAGCAUGCAUCUACAUUACAUAUACUCAUGCAAAUCAUCUUUUUUCAGUGUCAUUCAGUAAAUGUUCAAUAAUGUUGGCCUUAUACACAGGCCUACGAGUAUACCCAAAAACAUGUAACAGAUCAUUCAUAAAAGUACUUUUCUUACACUCUUAUAAUUUCACACCAUAAUAAAUGUCCCUGCUUUAUUUAGCUUCAGUUGUAUAGUAAAAUAUUUUAAUAUACUACACCUAAUUAGCCUGAAUAAAGUAUUCAUAGAUUUAUGAAGAAGCAUUCUGGCUUAGAAUUUAGGGUCGAGUAGGGUGACCAGACGUCCCUGUUUACCUGGGACAGUCCCAGUUUUGAGCCUGCGUCCCCUGUGGCAGCAGAUUUAUCCAAAACCAGUGAUUUGACACAGUUUUAUACAAGAAAUGUCCCAGGUGUCCCUAUUUUGAACCAAUUCGAUCCCUGCCAACAGUAAACAGAGGCAUAAACCAUCAUUUGUUUAGGUAAAAUACAAAAAAGCUGCUUAAAAAUGACCAAAACACAAAGAAAACAUGACUAUACUGACUCACAUUAGUGCCGAGUGCAAAACAGUUUUCCUUAAUUAAUAGGGCUGAGUAUUAUUAAGAAGUUGUUGAUACGAUCUAUACCUCAAUACACUGACCACGAUACGAUACAUAUCUCAUUACAGUGAGCUGUCGGUUCAAUACCAUAUAUUUCAAAUCGAUUUGAUACGGUUCAAUAAAAAUGAAGGCUAAAUCAUGACUGUGAUACUACAAGUCUUUGUUAAACCACUUCUUGUGCAAAGUUCAUAUGAAAAACACCAAUUUUAAUCAUCAAAACAGUGAAAAUGUCAAAUGUGUCGCAUAAAUGAGUUUCCUUCCUCUGAACAAACAACAAAACUAUAGAUGUAACAAAAUAAUUGACUAAAAUAUACCAAAAAAAUACUCUUGAUACAGCAGCCCAUGAUAUCGAUACUGUAUCAUCACAUUAAACGAUACUAUAUAUAUCGAUAUUUUAGUAUUUUUGGCACAACCCCUAUUAAUUACUCACUCAUUUUACAAUUUCAUUAAUACCAACCGAGUGUGUCCUAGUUUUUUAUUUUGAAAUCUGGUCACCCUAGAGUCGAGUAGUUAAUAACACCUUGAUUAAGUAAACCUGAAUCAUUCUAUUCUAAACUAUGCUUUACUAUUCAUGCUUUAUUAAGGUUAAUUAAGGUGUAGUGCCUGUGUAUUUACAAGAAUUAUGCAGCUAAUUUCAUUAACGGGCUAAUACUACGUGCUAAAGGAGCUCAGCAGUGGACAGGGACUUUCUGAUGUUUCGGAUGUAAAAUUCUCCUUCAUUUUUCCCAAACUGUGGUACGUGGACCUCUGGUGAUUGUGAGUAUUUGAGGUACAGACAGAUACGUUUGUGUUUUUGUCUUCCUUUGGGCCAGUCAGUAUUUAAAAGGAUUGAUCCCAUUUUAGACUGUGUUUAGACCAGUUAUAAUCCGGGUUUAGAUCUGGUGAUACUCGGAAAGCCAAAUGUUACCUAAAUAUUAAGACAAAGUAGAGCUGUGUAAUGAAUCACAUUUUUUUAGUCAAUGAAACAACAGUUCAUUUGAUUUUCAGUACAAAAAGGGCAAAACUUUAAUAUCAUUUCUCAUUUCUCUACAUCUCAAAAAAAUCAUGAUUUCAAUUAGCACCCAAGUAAUUGUAUGACCAGUGUACCACAACUGUAUUCAACAAGAAAACACAACAAAAAAUGUAGACUUUUAUUAUAUUAUAUUUUAGUAUAUUUAACUGACAUAGGUUUUGUCUGUGAGCAGAUUACCACGUGUUCAAACUCUUUACACUUUAUGGAUGACAAAAGCGUUGAUGGGAGAUUUGGUCCCUGCCCACUGCUGUGCUCCAGAGGGCUAUAAAUAAUAAUAAUAAAUAAUACUGACUGGUGUAAACUAUGGUGACUACUCGAGACCAGCAGCUCUAUCCAAGUGGUUCCUUUUCUACACUGUAAACAUGGGUAUUGUCUCUGUGCUUUUGUCUGAGCAUUUGUUUACACUUUCAGAUCAGAGCAAAUGUGUUUUGCUGCUAUUUCAUGUAUUUGUAUUUAAAAGGACUCAGUUUACAAGGUUAUUUGAACUGCAUUUGACUGUUUGUCUGCUCUUUUGUCUUGUCUUUAUAGUUUAAUUUUUAAUGUUAUGGGUUUGAAGCACUGUUUUUACAUUUAUUUAUGUUAAUGUAAAGUUGUGAUGGAAUUUUUUUAUUAAAACCUUUUAAUUACCAUAUGUUGGUACCA